AUGGGUCUGGAUUACCAGUUGCUGCUGGCCGAGAUCCGUGCGAUUCGCAAGGAGAUAGAGUCUUCGAUCGAUGAGUCGGCCUCCACCGCCACGUGCUCCUCCAACACCGGCUGCAACUCCGCUUCCACCGCCCCCGACGCGCUGCUCGACGCCGAACAAAAGCUCGUCAUCCCGUUGCCCCGCAGCUCCGAGUCGUCGUGUCUCGGCUCCGUACCUGAGUCCGAUCUCGCCUGCCCGGAGCAGCUCGCCGUCGACGCUGCGGCGACCGAGUACUCGUCCGCGAGUUCGUCACCUGCGUCACGCCCGCCCCCGCAGUCUCCAGUACCAACUUCUCUAGGUGCUCCUCGUGGGCAACCUUCCCUCUUCGGCUUCCCCGACCGUGGCUCGCAAGUUCUGCGCCUCCACCGCCGCAUCCACGACCGCGGCGUGCUCCUCCGCGCCCACUUCGGCUGCGACGACCGCGACGUGCUCAUCCGCGACCACUUCGGCCGCGACGGCCGUGGCGUGCUCCUCCGCACCUACCUCGGCUUUGCCGACCGCAGUGUGCUCCUCCGCGCGCACCUUGGCUUCGCGGACCACGGUGUUUUCCUCCGCGCCCGCCUCAGCUUCGCCGACCGCAGUGUGCCCCUCCUCGUCGGCCUGCCUGAGCCCGCCCGCGCCAUCUCUUGUGGCCAGGACAGGGAGGAAGGCCGUCGUCGCCGCUUGGAGCCGGCUGGCGUUCUACUGCUGCGGGCUCUGAUGUCCUCGAGCAUAGCCGAGCGGAGUUGCUCUGCUCCGUGGAUUCAAUUUCAGACAGAGCGGUCCGACCGGUUCUUGUCCGGCCUUCUUCCUUGCUACUACUGCGCGGAGACGGUGGCAGCGGCGGCGGCUGCUGAUGAUGAUUUUGGUCCAUGUCCUUACUAG